AGUAGCUUCCUCUGUAGGACGUCCACCUCAGGUUGUGUUAGCCUGCUGUUAGCUAGUUUAAUAAUAGUACGAUAAGCUGGUUUGGUAUGUGCGUGUAAGUAUCAGCUAGCUGGCACAAGAAGCGAUUUCCCGAGCAGACGUGACAAUCAUGAAGACGUUUGGUUGGUUGAACAUGCUUUGACACGCUCCCAAGCCGUUGCCAGAUCAGGCUUGAACAUGGAGUCCAUGCUGAACAAGCUAAAAAGCACGGUCACCAAGGUGACCGCCGAUGUCACCAGCGCUGUCAUGGGCAACCCGGUUACUCGGGAGUUUGAGGUGGGACGACACAUUGCCAGCGGGGGGCCUGGCAUGUGCUGGAGGAUCUACAAUGGCACAAAGAAGUCCACUAAACAGGAAGUGGCAGUGUUUGUUUUCGACAAGAAGGUGAUUGACAAGUACCAAAAGUUUGACAAGGACCAGAUCAUCGAUUCAUUGAAAAGAGGGGUGCAACAGCUGACCAGACUCCGUCACCCCCGGCUGCUCACUGUGCAGCACCCUCUGGAAGAGUCGCGGGACUCCUUGGCGUUCUGCACAGAGCCAGUGUUUGCCAGUCUGUCCAACGUGCUGGGCCAGUGGGACAACCUGCCUAGUCCUGUACCCACAGACAUCAAGGAUUACAAGCUGUAUGAUGUGGAGACCAAGUAUGGCCUGCUACAGAUGUCGGAGGGCUUGUCCUUCCUCCACAGUGGCGUGAAAAUGGUCCACGGCAACCUGUGUCCAGAGAACAUCAUCCUGAACAAGAGUGGAGCAUGGAAGAUCAUGGGUUUUGACUUCAGCAUCUCGUCUAUCAACCCCUCAGAUGCUGAGCCUAAGUACACAUGUAAAGAGUGGGAGCCCAACCUCCCUCCACUCUGCCUGCCCAACCCUGAAUACCUGGCCCCUGAGUACAUCCUGUCCGUCAGCUGUGACUCUGCCUCCGACAUGUACUCGCUGGGCGUGGUCAUGCAUGCCGUCUUCAACGAGGGCAAGCCUGUUUUCCAGGUCAACAAGCAUGACAUCUUCAAGAGCUUCAGCAGGCAGUUGGACCAGCUGAGCAGCAUGAGUCCAGCUCUGCUGAACAAGAUCCCAGAAGAAGUGCGGGAGCAUGUCAAGAUGCUGCUCAGCGUCACGCCCACUGUCCGGCCUGAUGCUGACCAAAUGACAAAGAUCCCAUUUUUUGACGAUGUGGGAGCGGUGACCCUGCAGUACUUUGACUCCCUGUUCCAGAGGGACAACCUUCAGAAGUCCCAGUUCUACAAAGGCUUGCCCAAAGUGUUGCCCAAACUACCCAAGAGAGUGGUGGUGUAUCGGAUCUUGCCAGCGUUGACAUCGGAGUUUGUCAAUCCAGACAUGGUUCCCUUCGUGUUGCCCAAUGUGCUGCUGAUUGCUGAGGAGUGCACCAAGGAGGAGUACAUCCGUCUCAUCCUGCCUGACCUCACGCCUGUUUUCAAGCAGCAAGAGCCCGUCCAGGCUAGCAAUAUGAUCCUGCUGAUCUUCCUGCAGAAAAUGGACCUGCUGCUGACCAAGACGCCAGCAGAAGACAUCAAGAACAGCGUGCUGCCGAUGGUCUACCGAGCUCUGGAGGCCCCAUCUGUACAGAUCCAGGAGCUGUGCCUGAACAUCAUCCCGACUUUUGCCAACCUGGUCGACUACCCCUCCAUGAAGAACUCCCUGAUCCCUCGCAUCAAAUCAGCCUGCCUACAGACCUCCUCACUAGCGGUGCGUGUGAACUCUCUGGUGUGUUUGGGGAAAAUUUUGGAAUAUCUCGACAAGUGGUUGGUCAUCGAUGAGAUCCUGCCCUUCCUACAGCAGAUCCCCUCUAGAGAACCAGCAGUGCUCAUGGGCAUCCUCGGAAUCUACAAGUGCACCUUCAGCCACAAGAAGCUGGGCAUCCCCAAGGAAAACCUUGCCACCAAGAGCCUUCCUCACCUCGUCUCCCUCAGUAUAGACAACAACCUCAACCUUAACCAGUUUAACUCCUUCAUGGUGGUGAUCCGGGACAUGCUGAGUCGCAUGGAGGCUGAGCACAAGACAAAGCUGGAGCAGCUGCAUGUCAUGCAGGAGCAGCAGAGGAGUAUGAAUAUCUCCAACCAAGGGAACCAAUCAGAGGAGACUAAGAGCACACCCAGCCCUGGCAACCAGAUUGAUGAUAUCUUUGGCAGCACAGGUGUUAACGGGAAAGAGAAUGGCUCUUCAGCACCGGUCUCCCAACCUAAUAGAAUGUCUCUGACACUAGAGGAGAAGCAGCGAUUGGCUAAGGAGCAGGAGCAAGCAGCCAAACUGAGGAACCAGCAGCCAUUAGCACCGCAGACUGUCAAACCAGCUACUAGCACCACACAGGCGAAGGAUCUGACCAGCAGCCUUCUCAACAGCAUGACUUCUCUGAACAACCUGUCCUUAGCCAACACAGCGCGACCAGCAGCCGUUCAGGGCACCACCAUCUCUGCCUUCCCCUCCAGCAGCCCCAUGGUGGGCUCCAUGGGCGCACCGGUCUCCAACGGCUUCAACCCGGUAAUGGGGUUCCAGGCAGGGGGCAUGGGGAUGAGCAUGCGUCCCACAGGCCCCGGCCUCUAUGGAGGCAUGGCCACCACCACCAGCACCCCAAAUUUUGGCGCCCUCACUCAGAAUCAAGCAUCCUUAGGGCAGACAAGUAAAGCCCCAGACAUGUCAGCCUUGGACAAUCUGUUUACCCCCAACAAGCCCAAAGUCACCCUCAACCAAAUGGGUCCCAAGGCCAACCCUGGAACCAGCAGUCCUUGGCUCAAUCAGUUUGGUUCAGCCCAGAACACACAGACUGCUCAGCUGCAGGGUGCACCUUUAGCCAUGGGAGGGGUGUCCACCGGAUUUGGGAUGCAGGCUAACCCUUUUUUCAGUCCGCAGAACUUUUCGCAGCCUGCUGCUGCCUCUAGCAUGAACCAAGGUGGGCUUAAACAGAGUGCAUCUGUCAACAAUGAUCUCAAAGACUUAUUUGGCUAAAUGUAAACAACAAGAUGACAGAUGCAGUAUAUUCUUUUAAUGACUGUAGACAGAGGAGCCUUGAAUUCCUGCAGUAAAAGACCUUGAUUGAAUGUGAAAAAUUCAGACUCUUGCUCCCAUUCAGCCGGCCACUUGGCGUAAACGGUUAAACUUCACCUGAAUUCCAUUACUACUUGACCAGAAGGACGAAAGGCUGUGGUGGCAACUUCUUAUUCUAUACCAUGUUCUUAACAAUGCUGGGGAUAUCCCACUCUUUUGUACUUGAAACACUUUUAAGUGUAAAUGCUAUGGGUUGAUUCCAGCUUGGUUUAUUCAGGAAGUUGUGUUCAAAUGUGUGAUUAAGAGUGGACCGAAAGUAAAUUGUUUUCAUUUCCUGAAUGAAUUGCAUCAGAGUUAACCCAGAACCUAAGGAGACAUUUGUCUAAGACAGAAAACGUGGCUUCUCCGGCAUACAUCUGCUCAGUUGCUCUCCUCUUGCUUGGAUUUUUGGACACGUUUAUUGCUUUUCCUGACUAUUUUAAGACAAACCACGUGUCUAAAAUUAUCAGAGGGUUGGCGUAAACACAAAGAUUGCACCAAAAUGUCUGAGUCCAGUGGGAGGUAGCAUGAAGUGUAGCACUGACAAGCCUCUAAUCACUGAUCUGCAUCCAGGACGCUCCUCCAUUGAGACAAUCUAUAAGGGGUGUAGAGAAUCAAACUGUUGCGGCCUAGAUAGGGCAAACCAAGUAGCCCCUCCGAGGCCUGUCUCCAUGGUAACUGAUUCUCUGCAGCAGCAGUAACCUCCAUUUUGUGAACUCAGAAUGGACUGAUGAGACAUCCUGUGUCUAAUCUUCACUUUAUCCUCCGGUCUCAUUCUUUUAUCUCAUCGCUGCUCUCAUCUGGAGCAAGUUCUUUAGGUAUAAAGCUUGCUCUCCUAGAUUUUAUGAUUUGAUUUAUGCCAACUUGUUACAAAGGGUAAUCUUUAUUUUUCUCUGGUCAGUGAAUUUUUGUCAGUCCUGUCUAGAAAUCUGUAUAUGUGUGUGUAAGAGGGUGGACGGCAUUUCACUUCACCUUUAUGAUAAGGACUUAUUGUUUCCAUUGAAAUGCAGUAUGAAUGACUGGUCCUUAGGAUGAAACUGGAGUAGGAUGAAUGCAGUAGGUCGUAUAGCAGUGUCCUCUCAUGAGGUGCUAAUGGAAAGGGGAACAAAGACUCUAUACACUGCUUAGGCUGUUGUGCCUUACAUGGGUACAUGUUUUUCCUACAGCAAAAUUCUUCACAGGUUAAAAGUAGACAGACAACAUCGAAGUGUUGACACCCCUCCUCCCCUCUUUAUUAGCUGUCUGGUAGGUCUGUUUGCCUUUUAGAUCACUUCUUAAGUUGUUUUGUUGCGUGUUACUGACCACAGAAGUUCUAUUCAUUGAUUUUAGCAACUUUAUAUUAAUGAUUCCCAAUGAUUCCAGUGACCAAUGUUAUAUUUCACACAUUGAACCAGGUUUGCUCUUGUGAGUCAAACCUUUUUCUAUGGCUUUGAGGAUCACUGAGCUUAUCAUUUCUGUUAAAUGAUGUCUACAAUAAAGAUAUCACUUUAUAUAGUUUGAUUUGAGCACUUUUCAGCCUACAGGCACCUGUGCUGUUGAUAUAGUAUGAAGAAUAUAUAUAGUUAUUUAAAAAUGGAGCACUCUGCGAAGGCCUUGGUAUUUUCAUGUUCUUGUGAAUGAUUGGGAGGCCUUAGAAGAGUGGUGUGCAAUAAUCCUUAGGGGUGGUUGAAGGAACAACCGGGGGAGCAUUCUGAUUGGCUCAGGCAGCCUCCCAUUGUGUCCUUUCCUUCAGCUGCACUGAUCGAGAAUAACCACACACCAGAUUUGCUAAACCGAUAUAAGUUAAUGUGAACUCUGUUGUUUUUUUGAAUUGCACCCUUGAUCACAUUAUGUUUGUCGAAAAUGCAAAAUUCUGAUGGGGAUUGUUGUCCACAUGCUGAAGUAAAAACACCUGUUCUGUUGAUUGGUUUUGUUUCUUACUAUGUGUAAUAACAGUUUCCACUCAAGCUGUGUAGUAGUUGUUCUCUGCUGGUGAAUCUGAAGACAUUUCUUCAGGUUCUCCUCAUCUUCCCAUGGGCCAAACAAGAGUUCAAAGGUGAUACAGCAAACCCUUUUCUGUCUCUGCAGAUCUACAUCACAAUUUUUAUUUGGCUGUAGCUCGCAGAGUGUGUGUCACAUAUCCUGGCAGGACCCCCAAAGCAGAAAACAGACGCCUAUUCUUCUACAAGAGUUCUGAUCCUUGUAUACUACUGCUGUCAUUUAUGUGUAGUGUGGCCUUCUAUGGACCCUGUCUUGUGUGUUAAGGGCUGUUCUCUGAGGGUGUUCAAUGAAAAUCUGUACAUAUAAAGGAAAAUACACAAUCUGA